GACAAGGCAUUAUCUACACUUGAAGUCAAAUACUAGACAAGAUCAUCAUAUCCAUCAACUUUUAUCAGCAUGACUCAAAAGCCAGGACAAGUCUUCAAAAAGACAAGCCCCAAUGAGAAGCUCUCACUCUAUCUGGGAAAGCGAGACUUUGUAGAUCAUAUCGACACUGUGGACCCAGUUGAUGGAAUGUUGCUGCUUGAUCCGGAGUAUUUAAAGGACAGAAAAGCUUAUGUGUUAUUAACAUGCGCAUUCCGAUAUGGACGUGAAGAUUUGGAUGUCAUGGACCUUAGUUUCCGGAAGGAUAUUUACAGUGAAACAAUCCAGGUCUAUCCGCCAGUUACAGACAACAAAAAGCCACUGACUCCACUGCAGGAAAGACUGGCUAGCAAACUGAAAGGGAACUGCUACCCUUUCAUUUUACAGAUUCCUCCAAACCUGCCCUGUUCAGUCACCUUGCAGCCAGGGCCAGAAGACAACAGAAAGGCGUGCGGUGUGGACUUUGAGGUGAAAGGAUUCUGUGCAGAUAACCUAGAGGAAAAGAUUCAUAAAAGGAAUUCGGUGAAGCUGAUUAUCCGCAAGGUGCAGUACGCACCAGAGAAAAGCGCGGUGCAACCCAAAGCGGAAACGACUCGGCAGUUCCUCAUGUCAGACAAACCCCUGCAACUGGAGGCAUCGCUUAACAAAGAGAUGUAUUACCAUGGUGAACCGAUCGAAGUCACCAUCCACAUUAACAACAACACAAGUAAAGUGGUGAAGAAGAUUAAGUUAUGUGUUGAUCAGGUCACAGAUAUAGUCCUCUAUCAACUUGACAAAUAUGCAAAGACAGUCUGUUCGGAAGAACCAAAUGACACUGUGGCUCCCAAUUCUACCUUCACCAAAGUUUACAGCCUCACCCCUAGUCUGGAAAACAACCAGCAGAAACGUGGCCUGGCCUUGGAUGGCAAACUCAAACAUCAGGACACAAACCUAGCCUCUAGUACCAUGCUCAGACCAGGCCUGGAUAAAGAGACCCUCGGAAUCCUUGUGUCUUACCUGCUUAAAGUGAAGGUGAUAGUCUCCCGGGGAGGUGAAGUUUCUGUGGAGAUCCCCUUUUGUCUGAUGCACCCUAAACCCUCUGAGGCGCUGAAGACAUUGUGAUUGAGGAGUUCAAUCGCCAAAAGAUUGAUGGAGAAAAAGACGAUGAAGAUGAAGA